AUGGGAGGAUUCCCUAUCGGUGCGGUGCUUAGGACUCUGAGAUUCCACUGCAGGAGGCAUGGCUUCAAUCCUGGUCAGGGAGCUAAGAGCCUGCAUGCUGUGAAGAACAGCCAAAAAACAAACAAAAAAAAAACCCCAAAAGGUAAAAUGGUAAAUUUUAAGUUAUGUGUCUUUACACACACAAAAAAAAACCCAGCUGGUACUUUCCUGGUGGCACAGUGGCUAAGAAUCUGCCUGCCAAUGCAAGGGACACAGGUUCAGUUCCUGGUCCAGGAAGAUCCCACACGCUGCAGAGCAGAUGAGCCUGUGUGCCUACAGCCUGUGCUCUGUAGCAAGACACCCCAGUGA